AUGAAAAUUUCUUCUGCUAAAAGAGACUUCGGUCUUUCAGAAACUACUUUUUGGCAUGCAGUUAGUAAUGGUGGUCCCCCUAAACGUCCAGGUGCACCCAAUGUUCUCACCAGUCAUGAAGAAAAUCAGCUUGUCGGCUACUGCAUUAACAUGCAGAAGCUCGUGUUUGGUUUAACAAAAUGGGGGGUUAAUUAUUGUGUAAUGGAAAUAAUGAAGUUAAAUAAACAAUCACACCUAUUUGAAGAAGAUGGACCAGGUCAAGACUGGUGGGAACGUUUCAUGAGGGACCACCCCGAAUUGUCCUUUUGUGUUCCUCAAAACUUAUUGGAGGCAAGGGCACAAAAAGUAAAUAAAACUAUUGUAGAUGAUCAUUUCAAAAAACUUAAACAAAUUAUCAAUGAAAAUUCACUAGCUGUGGCGCAAAUAUGGAAUAUGAAUGAGACUGGGUUCGUCAUUGUGCCUAAAUUAGAAAAGGUUAUAGCGAAAAAAGGCACAUGUCAAGUUCACAAAAUUGCAUAUGGAAAUUCCCAUGACCAUAUUUCAGUUGCACCCACAAUUUCAGUGGCUGGGUCUUAUAUUCCACCUUUAAUAAUUUAUAAAGGCAUUCGUACAAUUCCUGGUUUACUCGACAGAACACUACCAGAAACCGUAAUGAGCUUUACAAGUACAGGUAGUCACAUCAGUUAUACAAUUGUUGACUUUUGUCGUAACAAUGAGAUCCUUCUUUAUGCACUUCCGCCACAUACAACCCAUGUUUUGCAACCGUCAGAAAUUCCUUUCGCAAAACUAAAAAAAGAAUAUAGUAAGGCAUGUGAAAAAUACAGUAAUGAAAAUGAUGACAUGAUAGUAACCAAACGAACCUUUGCAAAAGUCUUUGGUUUCACUUUUCUUGAAACUUAUACCCCACAAGCUAUUUACCCAUCAUUAGUAACUGAACGAUUCGAUAUCUCACCUUUGUCUAGUCAAUCUUCUAUUCAACAAGCCAUGCCAUCUUUGUUAGCUCAAAAGCCUACUAAUUCAAAGCAUUUUCAUUCUACUUGCUCGAAUGUUAACCAACUAAUAGAAGAAAAUAUGAAACUUAAGAAUGAAAAUGCUUUGUUAAAGUCACAAAUUUCAGUAGCAAAUGAAGAACUAAAUACUUCAAAAAUCCUGGAACAUCCUUCCUACAUUCGGUCUGAUCUACCUUCUCCAAGAAAAAAAAGAAAGACAUUUCCAUUUUCCCAGCUCCUUACUAGUGAAGAAAGUUGGUGCCAAUUAGAAGAAGUGAACAGAGAAGUGGAAUGUAAAGCCGACAAAGCAAAACAAAAAAAGGAGAUAGCAGCCCAAAAGAAAGCUGAACAGGAACUUCGCUUGGUACAAAAAAAUGAAAAGAGAGCCCAAAAGACUCUUGGAAAACAGAAAGAUCAUUAA